AUGGAACACACUAACAGAAAGUAAGGUGAAUUUAGUGCUAGUUUUUCUACUCAACUCUCAAUUGGAACUAACGAUACCUUAAAAACAGCAAAGCUUAAAGUAAAAUAGUCAAACUAUGGUAACGAUGAAAUAAUGGAGUAUUUCUCUAAGCAGGUGGCUACACAGUGUUCGUUUAAUGAGAAAGAGGUUGCUAUCACUGAUUCAUUCGGUUUUGUUGAAUAAACGAUUGAACUUAAUUAGGCUUCAAAUAGUAAUGAAAUCGAAUAAUCCAACUCGAAAGAUGAGGAAUAUGAAGAAAAGGGUGAUAGAAGUUCUAGAAAAACAAUUUCAAGCAAAGAUGCCCCAAUUUCAUAAAAGAUAGCAUUCAAAUAGUUAAAAUAAGAAAAUGCAAGACUAUAUAAGUGGAAAGAAAUGCUAGAAGAUUAUCCUGAGAAAUUGCAUGUAAAAUUAAAACUUAGAUGUAGAAAAGGAAUCCCUGAUUCUUUUAGAGGUUACGCUUGGUAGAUUCUAAUUUAAGGAUAGAAACAUCUCAACAAGGAAAAGUCUCAAUAUUUUAAAUCCUUGCUUGAGCAAGGAGGUGAGCGUAAAACAAUCGUAUCAAUUUUUAAGGAUGUAUCAAGGACUUUUCCUCAGCAUGUAUUCUUCAAGGAUAAAUUUGGAGUAGGCUAGAAAGCCUUAUUUUGCGUUUUAAAAGCUCUUUCUAUUUCCGAGCCAGAAACAGGCUACGUUUAAGGAAUGGGUUACAUGGCGGCAGUCUUACUUACAUAUAUGGACAUGGAAGAUGCGUUUUGUUGUAUGAUAGGCUUGCUUAAAGGAUUUUAAGUGAGAGAAAUGUAUUUGCCUAAGAUGCCUGGACUUUAACGAGCAUUCUAUAUUCAUUUAAAUCUUAUGAAAAAAUAUCUACCAAAACUAAAUUAGCACUUGAUUAAUGCUAAGUACGAACCAACUAUGUAUGGAUCAUAAUGGUUCAUGACUAUAUUUGCAGUAGGAUUUCCAUUUGAACUCACAGUAAGAAUAUGGGAUAUAUUUAUGGUUGAAGGGCGUAAAAUCUUAUUUAGAGUAGCAUUAGCUAUCUUCAAAUUAAAUCAAUAAAGCUUGUUGGGCUGUGAACUUGAGGGAAUAUUUGAUGUAUUGAGAAACUUUUAGAAAUCAAUAGAUGCUGAUUCCUUGAUAAAGACGGCCCUAAGUUUCAAGUUCAGCAAGAAAUUAAUAGAUAAAUUUGAGAAGGAAUUUUAUGAAAAGCCUGAUAAGGAAUUACAAAAGCUCUGUGAAAUGUAUUGA